AUGGACGCUUACGAACGCCAUUGGCUCCACUCUGAGGGUUAUGUAUCAGCAGCAAAGGCCGAACUUGGACUCACUGCUUUGCGUAGUGAUGAAGUCUUGAGUCUUCUGCAGACUGACUAUUCUGAAGUCCAUUCUUCCCUCACUGAUCUGUUCAGAUCUAGGCGGUUUCAUUCAUUGGUUGAAAAGCAAAGAAAGAAUUAUGAGGUUAGUUAG